ACCGGCUCACCCGGGCGGACCAGCAAACCUGCGGCGAGUGGUGACGCGCGCAUCCCCCGCCUCUCUCCCUGGGGUGGCGCUUGUUGGUGACGUUGUGAGUGUGAUGGCCGCCGCGAGGCCGGGAAGGUGAAGUCAGGACUGGUGGAGUCAGCACAAUCAGUAGUCAACCUCAACCUGAGACAGGACAGAGAACUCAAAAUCUUUUCAGCCUUUUGACUCCAGCCAUGUCUGUGAUGUCCACCCUGUGAAGAUCUCUCAUCAUCCAAAAAACGCGAUGUCCCUGCUCUUCUCUCGAUGCAACUCCAUUGUCACAGUCAAGAAGGAUAAGAGACACAUGGCUGAGGUGAAUGCUUCCCCACUUAAACAUUUUGUCACUGCCAAGAAGAAGAUCAAUGGCAUUUUUGAGCAGCUGGGCGCUUACAUCCAGGAGAGCGCCACCUUCCUUGAAGACACCUACAGGAAUGCAGAACUGGACCCCGUUACGACAGAAGAACAGGUUCUGGACGUCAAAGGUUACCUGUCCAAAGUGAGGGGCAUCAGCGAGGUGCUGGCCCGGCGGCACAUGAAGGUGGCUUUUUUUGGCCGGACGAGCAAUGGGAAGAGCACCGUGAUCAAUGCCAUGCUCUGGGACAAAGUUUUGCCCUCUGGGAUCGGCCACACCACCAAUUGCUUCCUGCGCGUGGAGGGCACAGAUGGCCAUGAGGCCUUCCUCCUCACCGAGGGCUCAGAGGAGAAGAGGAGCGUCAAGACCGUGAACCAGCUGGCCCAUGCCCUCCACCAGGACGAGCAGCUGCAUGCUGGCAGCCUAGUGAGUGUGAUGUGGCCCAACUCCAAGUGCCCACUUCUGAAGGAUGACCUCGUGCUGAUGGACAGCCCUGGUAUUGAUGUCACCACGGAGCUGGACAGCUGGAUUGACAAGUUUUGCCUGGACGCUGACGUGUUUGUGCUGGUGGCCAACUCGGAGUCCACCCUGAUGCAGACGGAAAAGCAAUUCUUCCACAAAGUGAGCGAGCGUCUCUCCCGCCCAAACAUCUUCAUCCUGAACAACCGCUGGGACGCGUCUGCCUCGGAGCCCGAGUACAUGGAGGAGGUACGGCGGCAGCACAUGGAGCGUUGUACCAGCUUCCUGGUGGACGAGCUGGGCGUGGUGGAUCGAGCCCAGGCCGGGGACCGCAUCUUCUUUGUGUCUGCCAAGGAGGUGCUCAACGCCAGGAUCCAGAAAGCCCAGGGCAUGCCUGAAGGAGGGGGCGCUCUUGCAGAAGGCUUUCAAGUGAGGAUGUUUGAGUUUCAGAAUUUCGAGAGGAGAUUUGAGGAGUGCAUCUCCCAGUCUGCAGUGAAGACCAAAUUUGAGCAGCACACGGUCCGGGCCAAGCAGAUUGCAGAGGCAGUUCGCUUCAUCAUGGACUCUCUGCACAUCGCAGCUCAGGAGCAGCGGGUUUACUGCCUGGAAAUGCGAGAAGAGCGGCAAGACCGGCUGAGAUUUAUUGACAAACAGCUGGAGCUUUUGGCUCAAGAUUAUAAGCUUCGAAUUAAGCAGAUUACAGAAGAAGUGGAAAGGCAGGUGUCAACUGCGAUGGCUGAGGAGAUCAGGCGCCUCUCUGUGCUGGUGGACGAGUACCAGAUGGAUUUCCACCCUUCCCCGGUCGUCCUCAAGGUUUAUAAGAAUGAACUGCAUCGCCACAUAGAGGAAGGACUGGGCCGAAACAUGUCCGACCGCUGCUCCACGGCUAUCACCAGCUCCCUGCAGACCAUGCAGCAGGACAUGAUAGACGGCUUGAAGCCCCUCCUUCCUGUGUCCGUGCGGAGUCAGAUAGACAUGCUGGUCCCUCGCCAGUGCUUCUCCCUCAGCUACGACCUGAACUGUGACAAGCUGUGUGCCGACUUUCAGGAGGACAUCGAGUUCCAUUUUUCACUCGGAUGGACUAUGCUGGUGAAUAGGUUCCUGGGCCCCAAGAACAGCCGUCGGGCCUUGAUGGGCUACAACGACCAGGUUCAGCGUCCUGUCCCUCUGACACCAGCCAACCCCAGCAUGCCCCCCCUGCCACAGGGCUCACUCACCCAGGAGGAGCUCAUGGUUUCCAUGGUUACUGGCCUGGCCUCCCUGACAUCCAGGACCUCCAUGGGCAUUCUCGUUGUUGGAGGAGUGGUGUGGAAGGCGGUGGGCUGGCGGCUCAUCGCCCUGUCCUUUGGGCUGUACGGCCUCCUCUACGUCUACGAGCGUCUGACCUGGACCACCAAGGCCAAGGAGAGGGCCUUCAAGCGCCAGUUUGUCGAGUAUGCCAGCGAGAAGCUGCAGCUCAUCAUCAGCUACACUGGCUCCAACUGCAGCCACCAAGUCCAGCAGGAACUGUCUGGGACCUUUGCUCAUCUCUGUCAGCAAGUUGACGUCACCCGAGAGAACCUGGAGCAGGAAAUUGCUGCCAUGAACAAGAAAAUCGAGGUUCUUGAUUCGCUUCAGAGCAAAGCCAAGCUGCUCAGGAAUAAAGCUGGGUGGUUGGACAGCGAGCUCAACAUGUUCACGCACCAGUACCUGCAGCCCAGCAGAUAGUGGGCGGCCUGGCGGAGCCCGUGCGGAGGAGGGCGGUGCUGCCAGCCCCCGGCGCGUGUGGGCUCCCCCAGGGGCGCGUGCGGCUCUGCCCCGGCCACUGCCGAGAGAACAAAGCACCCACUGUCUCAUGCCGUUUUGAGCCCUUCAGUGCUAGUUAUUUCCCCCUCCUUUGCCUGCCUUUGCAGGAAGAUCUGGCUCAUACCCUAAAGGAGACUGUCACGACGACUGCACAGCACGGUACCAAGGAGUUGCAGCGAGGCCGUGCUCUGCCCUGUCAGGUUCAGUCGGCUGAAAAUCAGGGCUAAGGAUCCCAGCACUGCAGAGUGUCCCACUGACGCCCCCAGGGCGUCAGGCACACCCCACGUUCCUCUGCCCUCGAAACCCCACACCCCCGCAGAGAGAGGCUGCCUGAGGGUGACUGGACUUUCUUCCCAGAAGUAUCAGAAAAAGCUCCAAGAAUGCCAGGUCUGUCCCAGAAGGACUGUGGCUUGUGUCCAUGUGGUCCUUCAGCGUCAGUGCUCCUCAGCACACUGAGCUGCUCAGACAUGUCUGUGUGCCCUGGGCUUACACUGAGGCAGGCCCAGUGCCGGGAGGGCUGGGAAAGCCGCCCAGAGGCAGCUGGAGGAGCCACGGCAGCUCAGAGGAGGGGGUGUGUCGGAUGGGCGGUGCUGUUGGAGUAGGUGGCGUCACCACGACGAGGAGGGACUUGGCCUCUCUUUUUGUCAUUGUGUCCCUUGCUCUAGUUUAAGUCCUUGCCUGUGGGGGCCUGUUUUAUCGUUAGCGGAAGUUGGUUUGGUGCAGGUGGUUCAAGGAUGUCGUAGAAGGACGGAGGGUGGAAGGUGGGGAGGCUGGGGGCAGUGGUCCCCACCCAGGAUGGCUGGAGAGCGGGCCCUGCACUUGACCUCACUGAGUGAGGGGCUCCUUGGGCCUGAAAGCCCCGCCCCGCUAGCUUGGUUACAUCCCUCUUAUGCCCCUCAGGAGACAUGGCUCCAUCCCCAACCCUGGCCGUGCCCCAAGCUGCCCUUGGCCACCAGUCCCCUGGGCUGAGUUUCCUAUGCCAGUGAUUGCAGUCACCAAGGGACAGACUGUGGGAAACCAGUACCCGUCCUCUCAGCCUCCCUGAUCGCCGGAGCCUUGAUUGGCACACUUGUCCGUGGGUUAACUUUGAGAAAUGUUUCCUGUUGUUGAGUUUUGGGAUUAUUACUGGUCAAAGUGGGAGCAGGCUCCUGUCACCAAGGUGUUCACUGUGGGGAAAACGGUGUUGGGGUGACAAGCCUUUGCAGCACAGGUCGGAGAGCUUCCUGAAAUAAGUAAUGCUUCUCCCAGAAAGCGGCUCACAGGGCAGGGGCCCUGCAGAGAGGUGGAGUCCGGUCCUGCUGGGUUUGAGUCCAGUCACCACCUGGCUUUGGGGAAAUGACUCAGUGGCCCCCGUGCACUGGUAGGUGGCCACACAGGUGACGUCCUCUCCACAUACCCGCUUGUGCUUCAAACCCUCAGUCUACCCUGUUGUGUGGGACAGUGAUGGGCUCUGCCAAGGCCGAUGUGCAGUCAGCAGGAUGUUGUGUGUGUUCGCCAGUCCUGGACGUAUGGGCCCCUCACACCUGUCAGAGAAGAUUAAUGUCACACAAUUCCAAAGGAUUUUGUGCUCUUUUUGAAAAAAAAAAAAUUUAGAAUAAACAGUAAUUUUUUUCAAUGUUUCCCCUGGGGAAUGAAUGAAAUUUUGAGCUUCUUACACAAUAAGUAAAAUUAAAUUUAUACCACAGAGGGAGAGACCCUUUCUGAAAGAAAUGUGGCAAAAAGCACUUUAAUUUAAUGCUGCUAACUUUGUUCUCUGUUUUUAUGUUCAUUUGCUGGACUGCAAGAUGUGCUUGACACAGUGAGUUCUCUGACGCAUUUAAGGUGAUGUAUUUGCCUGAAUUACUCCUGUAUCAUUGCUGGUAAUAUUGGAAACUAAAAUAAAACCUAGUUGGAAACCCUU